ACACAGCGCCCUCCUCUCCUGUUGAGGGUCGGGAGAGUGUUCGAUGCCUUGCCCAUUUGUGGCCUGUGACCGGAAAAGCAUCGUGUGCUUAUAUGUAAGCUUUCGCGCAACCUAAUGCUGACCCAGAAGCACAUUUCGAUCGGUGUGUAAUACGAGUCCAUCGAAGACGUAAAUGGAUAAUCACUUCAUUAGAUCAUGUAGCAGCACCGUGAGGUAUAUAUGAAUAAAUAUAACUGAACUUCUGGAUGGAGAGCACAUUGCGGACGAAGAGCGAAUAGAUCGAGGCAGUUUGUUUUACGGGAGAGCGCGCUUUAGGAAGGCACGCUGCAUCGCGUGCGCGAGUCCCAUGGGAUGACGGAUCUACAUAACACGCCGAUUGUCAUUGACAAUGGCAGCGGCACCAUCAGAGCAGGUUACGCGGGCGAAGACCUACCAAAGUGCUUCUUCCCUUCGUAUGUUGGCCGGCCCAAGCAUCUACGAGUGCUAGCAGGUGGACUGGAGGGUGACAUCUUUAUCGGAAACCGCGCACAGGAGUUGCGCGGAUUACUCAAGAUCAAAUACCCUUUAGAGCAUGGUAUCGUCACCGACUGGGAUGACAUGGAGAAGAUAUGGCAGUAUAUCUACACAGAGGAGCUCAAGACGCUAAGUGAAGAGCAUCCGGUCUUGCUGACCGAAGCACCGCUCAACCCUCGGUCAAACCGCGACACCGCGGCGCAGAUCUUGUUCGAGACCUUCAAUGUGCCGGCACUGUACACUUCGAUUCAGGCCGUGCUUUCGCUAUAUGCUUCUGGGCGGACAACAGGCGUCGUGUUAGACGCAGGAGACGGCGUGUCGCACGCCGUGCCUGUAUAUGAAGGCUUCGCGAUACCCAGCAGCAUCCGCAGGAUCGAUGUUGCCGGGCGUGAUGUGACCGAACACCUCCAAACGUUGCUGCGCAAAGGUGGAAGCGUCUUUCAUACUAGUGCGGAGAAGGAGAUCGUCAAGCAGAUCAAGGAGAAGACGAGCUAUAUUGCGCUCGAUCCGAAGAAAGAAAAAAAGGAUUGGCUAGUAGCUAACAACCGAGGUGGAGACACGAAAGUUGUUGACUACGUGCUGCCUGACGGACAGCAUCUGAAGAUUGGUCCGGAACGCUUCAGAGCACCUGAGAUCCUGUUCGACCCGGAAAUCAUCGGCUCCGAAUGGCCUGGUCUGCAUCAGAUCGUCGUUGAUGCCAUCAACCGUACAGAUAUGGACUUACGCAAGUCAUUAUUCGGCAACAUUGUGCUUUCGGGCGGCUCGACCAUGAUCAAAGGCUUCGGCGAUCGCAUGUUACACGAGCUGCAGAGGUUGGCCGUCAAAGACAUGCGCAUCAAGAUCUUUGCACCACCGGAGAGGUUGUACAGUACCUGGAUUGGCGGCAGUAUCCUGGCUGGUCUCAGUACGUUCCGGAAGAUGUACGUCAGUAUAGACGAUUGGCAUGAAAACCCCGAUAUCAUACAUCAGAAAUUUGCCUGAAAAUGACUGGAUGAGCUGUUCUCCGUCCAAUCCAAAGGCCAGAUUACCGAUGGUCGCAAUGUACCGCUUACUAUCUCGUAAUUGACAUGGGUUGUUCCUAAUGGGCUCGCCACACCACGUGGCGUCAACCGAGAGACCAGCGCUGCACAAGGUCAUGCCCUGCCCAGGAUGCGGAGUGGUACCUGCCCAUCUGCGCAGAAGUGCCACGGUACUCCACAAAGCUACCGAACUCACCGUGCGGAGACGGAUCGAAUAGGCAUUGUGCUUGCGGGGAAGAGU